AUGGCUGCCUUCCAUCCUCUCGCGAUCCUCAUGUUCGUGUCCCUCCUGGCCGCCGGCGCCACUGUGGAGGGUAUGGUGUACUGCCAGAGCUGGCGCAAAGGAACACACAGCCUCGAAGGCGUGAAGCCGCUGCCUAAGGCGGAAGUGUCCGUCAUUUGCCACGACGCCAACAAUCGCGUCAUGGUGAGGUGCCGUCGGGCCGUCGCCAACGAUAAUGGCUACUUCCUCGUGGAGCUCGAUGAGACCAAAGUCUCCGACUUCUACAUGGGCGAUCCGCGCAAGGCGUGCUAUGUGCGGCUUCGGUUGUUGCCGGACUUCGAAUGCAAUAACCCCACAAACAUCAACUACUCUAGCAUUGAGGGUGCGCCGCUCCGUGACGGUGCGCCGCUCCGUGACGAGGGCAAGCGGUGGGCCGACCAUGGCUACUAUAACUUCAUGUACGCCACCGGCCCGCUUGCUUUGCGGCCAGCGAUCUGCCCUCCUAAGCACUAGGCUCACUAUGAAUGUGUCUGCAUUUAUGACACUUACACUUGCACACUUGCGCGUUUCAUCAAUUUAGGAGGCAUGGAGUUCUAAUUGGACGGUGGAUACGUGAUUCUUUUGUGUUAUGUUUUAAUUGUUGUUGCUCUUGUGUGAUUGUGUUGUAAUUUUUUAUGAUUUUAUUAGUUUGCUGCAAAUCAAACUUGAUGUAAUUUUUUAUUAAGAAAACUUGAUGUGAUUUUCAGUUAAUCAUUUGUACCCU